CCGAACAUGUGAGCUGUACAACAACCAGUGUGUGUAGAGCAGCCGGCGGAAGAAGCUAGUGCAGCUGGACAAAGUGAGAACACUAGCAUGGACUCAAGGCGAUAUUUAUAACUAUAAGUUAACACAGCGUUUUAUCUGAGCACGCUAACCUGCGUCGUUUCUUCGCCUCUCUGUGUUUAGCCUGUGGCGUUUUAAAAGCUAGCUCAGCUAGCUAGCUAGCUUCAUGACUUCCUAGUAGUUUAAAUUAAUGCUCGCUCCGGCUUGGUGGGGUUUGUCCACAACAUGGCACAAAGAAAAGAAGUCUUUCAGUCAAAAGUCCUGCAGAAGCUUUACCCUCCUCCUAAACCGGUGAAGACACGCAGCCCUCCACACAGCGAGUCCCUCGCCAAGAAAAGCCACGUGGUGAAGAGAAAAACUCCAGGAGAGGACGCGCUGCACGGAAGAGAUCCGAGCGCAGCCAAUCAGGGCCGGCGGAUGUACACCGCGCUCCCUCCUCCUCCAGACUACCACAUCCAGUCACAGGAAUCUGUCACACUUCCCCAACUCCACGGCGUAAAUACUGCAGAGGAUCCAGCUGCAGAGGAGAAAGUCCAGGAGCACAGUGAAGACUCGGAUGAAGAGACAGAAGAAGAAGAAGAGCCAAGAAAGAGAAGGAGGAGGAAAAAGAAGAGGAGACCGAGCCCUGGCCCGGACUGUGGGAAAGACGGAGAGGCUUCUGGGAGUCGGGCGCCUGCAGAUGAGGGAGGAGAGCCAAUGAGCAGGAACAAGAAGAGGAAGCUGAAGAAGAAACGGCACAAAGAGAAGCUCCUGUCCAUGGGCCUGAUUCCCCGGGCCGCUGCCGUGGAGUUCACCUACCAGAGAGAUGAGGAAGAGACGGAGGAUGAGGAGAGAAAAGCAGCAGAAGUGUCGGAAUUUCUCAGAACAACGAUGGAAACCUAUGUUUCAGACUGCCGUAUCUUCAGUCGCUGUUUCCAACAUUCUCCGCCUUUUCUGCUCAGCCUCAUUACAUGCAGCCGGGGUCCCUCAGCUGUCUGCCACAGUGGACAAGCUUGUGGAGAGGCUGUCCUGCGGAGGCCGGCCCGGCUGCGUCCUCAGACAGCUGCACAACCUCAAGGCGUUGGCCCAGCGCUGCGAGGCAGACAGGUUGGAAAAGGCACUGGAGGAACUCAGCAGCACGUCUGUUUUAUCAGCAGAGGAAACCGCUGCCGUCGUUUCACUCUUCCAAUACUGGAUCACAGACAUUGUUCCCAUGCUGAGAGACGAGAACACCAAGCUUUCUACAACACACCCAUGAGACUGUCUGCCACACAAACAAAGACGCUGCAGGAGGAUUCUCUCAAAUUCUGGAAAUGUUCUUCUCUUGUACGACUUUUCGACACUUUGCCAGUGAAUUUGUCGAAUAUUUUGUAUUAUUAAAGAUGCUCUGUUUCCCUCCAUGUCUCUUCUGUUUCUACACAUUUUCUGCUGAGAAGAAAACAGUCUGAAGAUGUCGACCACUUUCUCUUUUGACACAGCGUUCAAAUGAAUUGAAGAUAUAAUUGGGAUUCGCAUCAAAUUCAUUCUCCUCGUCUGGCACAUUAUUCACCAAUAAACCAAAUGGCAGCUCUACCAAGAGCUCCAGUAUUGUUUGAGGAUGUUAUGACAUUUAGAUGCAGCCAAUUAACCUGAUCUCUAUUCUGUCACAUGCAAUGUGUUUCCCACAAAUCCAUUUCUGGCUGCUUUGCUGUUCAAUGAGCCUUUUUUUAUUUGCUCUUUAAACACUGAACUGAUCAAAGGGAU